AUGACACCAUCGCUCUCUCGCUGUCUGCCUCGAGCAGCAGCGACAUCGCCACAGACGCCGCAUGUGGCCCUGCUCGACGCCUUUGCCGGUUACGUGUCGUCGUUGCUGGUCCACGACGGCCGACGAUCGCGGCAGCGCCGUCUCUUCCACACGUACUUUGUGACGCAUCUGCCGUCGUCGUCGCUGCAUCCGGAUUCGCGGCUGCCGGUAUCUGGACCGGUGUCCGGAUCGGUCCCGACUGUCACAUCACCAACCGUCAAGGCCACAUUGACGACGCCGGCCGUCACCCGCGAUCUUACCGUCGCCCGCAUCCCGCUGCGCUCGGCCAAGCACCACUUUGGCGUCGCCUCGGCCCGCGGCCAGCGGCCCUACAACGAGGACACCUUCCAGGCCGGCACCAUCGAUAUACCAGCAUUUGCCAAGCGUGCACCCAUCUCGCUCGUCCGCUCGGCCGUGGCCGACAGCCGCAGCUCCGGCGAGGGCCUCACGGCCGAUAGCGCCUCGGGCGACCCGCAGAUCUUUUAUUUUGCCAUCUUUGACGGCCAUGGCGGCCAGGAAUGCUCCGACUUUUUGCGCGAUGAAUUGCCCGCCUACAUCGAGGCGGCCGCGGCUGACUUCUCCCUGACGAGCAGCCUGCGACGGGACCGCAAGGGACAGGCUACCCGACAGAUCGCCAAGACUGCCAAGACAGACACAGACACGGCCGAGCCCAAGGCUAUCCGGCUGCAGCGGGAACUCCUGCAGGAAUACCGCGACACUGUGGGCGGCUACUUUCGGCGAUUCCGGCCGCCAAGCUUUGACGAGAGCACAGCACCUCGAAGAGCUUCCACCACUUCGACCACCACCUCUUCUCCCCCCUCUAUCGACUCCGUUCUCACGUACGCCUUCCUCCGUGCCGACCUCGACUUUGUCACCGAGCAGGCCCGCAAGCCCGACCCCGACGAUCCGCGUGUCGCCGACUUUCCCGUCAACCAGGACGAGGUCUUUGGCGCGCCACAUCACCGCGUCCCGCCGUCUGGCAACGGCAUCGCCGGCAGUCCGCUGCGCUUCAAGGGCGGCUCGACUGCCUCCGUCGCCCUCAUUUCUACACCCACCGCUGCCCCCUUCUGGCACCCCGCCUCACGUGCUGGCCUGCUCAUCGCCCAUGUCGGCGACACGCGCGUCCUCCUCUGCGAGACCGCCACCGGCCUCGCCCGCCCUCUCACCCGCGACCAUCACCCCUCGUCGCCCGUCGAGGCCCGCCGCCUCACCCGCUUCGCUGAAACCCUCGUGACUGACUCCUUUGGCGAGGAACGCAUCUCGGGUCUCGCCAACAGCCGCGCCUUUGGCGAUAUGCAGUCCAAACGUAUCGGCGUCUCUGCCGAGCCUGAACUCUCUCCCGUCGAUAUCGCCCCCGCUCAGUACGCCUUCCUCGUCCUCGUCUCCGACGGCGUCUCCGGCACCCUCGGCGAUCAGGAAAUCGUCGACCUCGUCAAGGACGCCCGAACCCCCGAUCAGGCCGCUCGCGCCGUCGUCGACUUCGCCACUGAGGUCUCCCGUGACGGUGACAAUGCUACCUGCCUCGUCGUCCGCCUCGGUGGCUGGGAACGGCGAAGCGAAGGCGGCCUCGGAUCCCUCGGAACAAAGGAGAUUCGCGAUGCCCGCCUGGCUGAGGCCCAGGAUCCACGGAGAAAGAGACGGUAG